UACCGUAGGUACUGUCGUUGGAACAGCCGAUGAUUUAUGCCAGACAGCACAUUCUCUGUCUGGUGGGUUUGCCGACACUGUUAGGGCAAUGCCCAAAUAUGUGCAGCGGUCACGGCAGUUGUGGCCCAGAGAAUGUAUGUUCGUGCUUCGAAGGAUUUGACUAUGCUCCCGACUGUUCAUUGCGUUUUUUUGCCGCGUGAAAUCUUGCCUAUUUCACGACGGUGCAUUAGGUACAUGUUCGAAAGGUGCAGCUUGGGCAGACAAAGCAUAUGCUGUAGACCUUGCGCAUUCUCCGAGUGAGUGUUCGAGUGCUGGUCUCUGCAAUCGUGACACUGGGAAGUGCGAGUGCUUCGACGGAUACACUGGACUUGCCUGUCAGAGAUGCAAAUUUCAGUGUCUGAAACACAAGUAGUUGUGCAUCAUGAGAUGAUCAGCUUAGCUACGUGCCCAAAUGAUUGCAAUGCCAAUGGUAUGUGCUUGACAUUGAGCCGCCUGGGCCAAUUGUAUGGUAUUGAUCACCAACAUCCCAGCACUGGUGGAGAUGGAACCGGUCCUUCUUAUGCAAAUUGGGAUAAGGAUUCAGUAACUAGUUGCUUCUGCGACCCUGGCUUCAGUGGGCCCGACUGUUCGCGAAGUUCGUCUCCCGAGUCGCAUUUCCUUUUUUUUGUAUUUACUUCCUGAACUGCACGCACAUCCAUAGUCAUGUGUGCCAAGGCUGAUGACCCACUUACUAUCAACCAAAACUACCGUGCCCUUAGAAUCGGAGUGUUUUCCGCUGAUGGCAGCAGCCUUCAGGGCACAGUGAUCUUCCAAUUUCUUGGGUACACCACUUCUCAUUCGGCUUCUCAUGUCUCAGCGGUAACAUGCGAGGGGGCUUGGGAGGCUCUUGAAAAUGUUGAGGAUGUGGACUGUCAGUCCGAGAACUUCGGUGCUGGCUCUUUUUACAAUGUUACAUUUAAGCAAUGGCCAACUAUGCCCAUGGAAAACAACUAUUUCAGUCAUAAAGGCAACCCUGCACUCUCAAACUUUACUUGUGAUGUGAGUGGUGCCUUUUCUGCUAGUGGUUCGCAAGUGUUAUGCAACAUUUCAGAUCUCGUAAGCGACGAUAUAACUGAAUACGAGUACUGUGGUCGGCGUGGUCAGUGCGAUUUUACGUCUGGAACAUGCUACUGCAUUGAUGGGUACGAGGGCUCCACUUGCACUGAUUCAACUUAUGCAGAAUCAACCUCAAAUUCAUUACCUGGUGUGAAUAUUCACGCAACAGGAACCGACUACAUUGGAGAUAUCUUCAAGCUUACCGCAGACAAAUCGUCUUCAUCUGACUUCACCUUCAUGAAAAUAGUCGCAAAUGACGAGGAUCUUUUGAGCAUCCGUGGUGAUGGGCUGUUGUCAAUCGCACAACUUGAUGUUACAACCUAUGGAACAACAAUUUCAGAGGGCGGACUUACUGUUCUGACUGGCGGCGCCAGCAUAAAAGAUGGAGGUGUGGAUAUUUCGAGCAUGGCUUCGGGUGAACCUGUUCUUCAUGUCAUUGGUAGCUCCGAAGUUUUUGCAGACUCGCUGCUUCAGGUAGAUUCAAUACGGAAUGAAGAUGCAAGCUAUUGGUUUGCUCGCUUCAAUACUGCCUACAAGCAAGCCGAUGGAAGCCACAAUAUCUUUUCCAUCCGCGGUGAUGGCUACACCAAAAUCGCAGGUGAACUACAUGUCGACAAUGUUACUUCAGUCUACAGCCUCGAACUCACAAAGGGUGGAUUAACAGUUUAUCAGGGGGGGCUACGUCUUUAUGAAGAUGGCGUGGUCGUGUAUGAUGGUGGUGCUGAUAUCCGUAGCAAUAAUGUGACUGUGCUUCGAGCUUACCACAAUUAUGCCGCCGGUGAUAAAGACAAUGGUACCGUGCUUUCGAUCGAGUCCACCGCAGGGCUAUCCAGCAACAUAGAUUUGAUAAAAGCAGGGAUGGAUGUGGACAAUAUACAUAAGCCAAAAACUAUUUUCCGAGUCAACGGUCUCCCCAGGACGUAUAUUGACCGAGGUGGUCUUAGUGUGAUGGGUGGAAUCACGGUAGCUAGCGCGGGACUGAAUGUCUCUGCUGGUGGAGUCUUCAUCUUGGCUGGAGGCGUUGACAUCCAGGGAGGCAAUCUUACGGUCAAGAAUGAUGCCAAUAUAAUCGUGGGAAAUAAGCAAGUCAUUGGUGCCCGGCAAGCCGCCGUUGACGACGUCAGUGCAGCUAAUGAUCCUGGUGAUGGCACGCUUGCGGCGGCGAGUUCAGAUGUCGCGACAUUGGCAGCGCAAUCUGAAAAGCUACGGGACCUAGUCGAUGAAAUUAGGACCCAAAUGAAUGAUCUUCUAGGAAAGCUGCGAACACAUGGUCUCAUAGCCAGCUAAGCUGAUUUUGAGAAAAGAAUUGCAAUUAUGGACUCUCAUGCAAGUAGCCAUGUGUUCCCUGGGGUAAUAACAACACAAUAGAAUGUUCUGCUACUAGACUGCUAGUCUGCUACUAGUACUAGGCUACUACUACUAGACUCUAGGGCCGCC